AUUGACAGAGCUCGACGAGCUGCGAAAGAAGCCAAAGAGGCCCCAGCUCAGCCUGCUCCAGAAAAGGUGAAGGUGGAAGUGAAGAAAUUUGUGAAAAUUGGCCGGCCAGGAUACAAAGUAACCAAGCAGAGGGACCCAGAAACAGGCCAGCAGAGCCUCCUUUUCCAGAUCGAUUACCCAGAGAUCGCUGAAAGUAUCAUGCCGAGGCACCGUUUUAUGUCAGCGUAUGAGCAGAGAAUUGAGCCUCCCGACCGGCGUUGGCAAUACCUUUUGAUGGCAGCAGAGCCCUAUGAGACCAUCGCUUUCAAGGUGCCCAGUAGGGAGAUUGACAAAGCUGAAGGCAAAUUCUGGACUCACUGGAAUCGAGAAACAAAACAGUUCUUCCUUCAGUUCCAUUUCAAGAUGGAGAAGCCACCUGCUCCUCAAAGUAUCCCACCUCCAGCUACCGUGAAGCGGCCUCCUCCCCCCCUCAUGAAUGGCCUGCCCCCCCGGCCACCACUCCCGGAAUCUGUCCCACCUCCUCCUCCUGGGGGCAUGGUUCUGCCUCCCAUGCCUCCCCCGACAGGACCAUUGCCCCCAGGCCCACCCCAGUUGCCCCCCGCCCCCCGCCGCCCCCCCCCCGCUCCAAUGCCCCCAAUGCUGAGACCCCCUCUCCCCACGGAAGGACCGGGGAGCAUUCCUCCACCACCCCCUACCAGUUGAAAAGUCCGGUCUUCCUGUCCUUCCCUGGAACCGUUUUUUUAAAAGGCACCGGUUGAUCUUGUCUCGUUUCUUUCCUUGUGUACUUUUUAAAUACAUCAGUGGCUUCAGUUCAGAA